CUGCGUGCAUCGUGAUCUCGCAGAUGCAGAGCCUCUUGCAAAAGGAGGGUCGCCUUCUGUCAUUGCAAAAAGAGAACUGAUAAAAAUUCGGAAAUAUUUGGAUAACACGCGAACACCCUGGUGACCUCCUGUAGAGGACAGCAGCACUCUCCAGGGUUUAUGGAAACCUGAUUUCCCAUCCAGUGGAGAAGUGUGUGAGGGACCCAGCUCUGCUGCUGACACAUUUAGAGUUUAGCCUGCUUUGCCACAACCAGGAAAAUGUCGGGGUCCUACGAUGAAUCUGCUGCUACUGCUGACGACGCUAUGGACAGCUUUUGGGAGGUAGGGAACUACAAGCGCGCCGUUAAGCGGAUUGACGACGGCCACCGGCUCUGCAAUGACCUCAUGGGCUGCCUUCAGGAACGUGCCAAGAUUGAGAAGGCCUAUGGUGACCAGCUGACCGCCUGGUCCAAGAGAUGGAGACAGCUGAUCGAGAAAGGACCCCAGUAUGGCACCGUGGAGAGGGCGUGGCUGGGUGUGAUGACCGAGGCUGAGAAGGUGAGUGAGCUGCACCAGGAGGUGAAGAACGGCCUGCUCAACGAAGACCUGGAGAAGGUCAAGAACUGGCAGAAGGAGGCCUACCACAAGCAGAUGAUCGGAGGCUUCAAGGAGGCCAAAGAGGCCAAAGAGGCCGACGAGGGCUUCAAGAAGGCCCAGAAACCAUGGGCCAAGAAGCUCAAAGAGAUGGAGACUGCUAAGAAAACGUACCACAUGGCGUGUAAGGAGGAGAAACUGGCUGCCACCCGAGAGGCAGAUGGGAAGACACAGGCCUCCGUCACAACUGAUCAACAGAAGAAACUCCACGAGAAAACAGACAAGUGCAAACAUGACAUGCAGAAGGCUAAGGAGAAGUUUGAGAAGUCUCUGUCGGAGUUGAGUGCGGUCACUCCCCCAUACCAGGAGAGCAUGGAGCAAGUGUUUGACCAGUGCCAGCAGCAUGAGGUCAAGAGACUCACCUUCCUUAAAGAGAUCCUGCUGGACAUUAAACGCCACCUCAAUCUCACUGAGAACCAAAGCUAUGGCACAGUAUACAGAGAACUGGAGCGCACCAUCCUGGCUGCCAACACACAGGAGGACCUGCAGUGGUUCAGCAACCACCAUGGCCCUGGCAUGCAUAUGAACUGGCCCAUGUUUGAGGACUAUAACCCAGAUGCCGCUGCUGUUGUUAAGAGGGAGAAGGUGCAGAAGCCGGCUGGGGCCCCACCGACCCCCAGCACUGACCAUGUCGCACCGCCUGGAGACCGCGGCAGCAUCAGCGCUGAUCAUGUGGCACUGCCUGGUGACCGUGGCAGUGUGAGCAGCUAUGAAAAGAACCAGGCCUACUCCACUGAUUGGUCGGAUGAUGAGGCGCCUGCAGCUCAUUCAGGCGGUGAGAUUAAUGGGGGUGGGAAUGAAAACUCCUUUGAGGAAGACUCUAGCAGCGCCGGAAAAGGGGGUGCUGGGACCGGAACUGCGUCUGGGGUCCGGGUGCGUGCUCUGUAUGAUUAUGACGGACAGGAACAAGAUGAGCUCACCUUCAAAGCUGGUGAUGAACUGACCAAGACUGAGGAUGAAGAUGACCAAGGCUGGUGUCGAGGUCGCCUGGAUACAGGCCGAGAGGGACUGUACCCGGCCAAUUACGUCGAGGAGAUUUAAUGACCCCAGAGAAGGAGGAUAUGCCAUUGGAGGCAGCUCGGACUGUCCCAUCCAAUGGCACUGCACAGAGCCAGAGACUUACGAACAACACAUCCCUUGCCCAACAGAUGCGCCAAGCAGUCUUGACUAAAUAUAAUCUUAGUAACGUAAGAAAAGACAAUAUAUAAAUAUUAUAUUUAUCCAGUAUCUGAGGUGGGGAGGACUUAAACACUAAAACAGGAGCAGCAUUUAUUCCAGUCUACACAWACUCAAACAUAACAUUGAGCCAAUGCAGGGACACAUUUUGCAUAUAUGUGCUGUGUUUGAUAUAAAGAUCAUGCAGCUGAUGUAAAAUAAAUUUGCACUACAUUCUCCUAUAACAGUGUGACAAUAAUGUAACCAAUUAUACCUACCUACCCGUUUAACCAGAACAAGCUACUCAGCCUGCAUUGUGUGUAUAUGGCGCCAUUUUGUGUCGCAUUUUCAAUGCUAUGUGUUCAGUCCUCAUGUUUACAUUGGAAAUGCUGUGUAUUGUUAAAGUACCACAAAAUGUAUCAUAGAUUUUAUUAUUUUAUUUUUUGUGAUUUGGUCUAAUCCCCUUUACCAGUGUGUGCAUUGCUACACUAUGUGUUUAUCUCUGUUUCUCUGUUGGUUUCCUAUAGCAGAAUGUGCUAUGCAACAGGCUUUCCCUAAACCUCCAAGCUAUAUUAAGGCUACAAGAUGCAACAAAUCCGCUGAUAUGAAAACCAAUGCAGAGGAUCAGAGUUCACCAUUAGACACAGAAACAGCAUUGGAAUAGCACCACAAACUUGUGUCUGACUUCAUAACUCCAAUUUGUAAGUCGCUCUGGAUAAGAGCAUCUGCUAAAUGACUUAAAUGUAAAUGUAAAUAACUGGAAGUGGAGUUGGUGUAUAUACCUUUUUCUCUCUUCCCAUCACCACCCUUGAAUCAUAACAUCUCAUUUCAAUUCAUUGCAGGGUAUUAUCUACAAUACCUGUUAAUUUCAAUUAAUUGCGGGGUAUAUCUACAAUACCUGUGAGGGGAAUUCUGUAUUUUUGGGGUCAGUGGGCAUGAUAUUAUCACCAGCUUGCUUUUAUUUGAUCUGUCAGUGUUAACUAGAAAGAUUUGAUUGUUCAGGUGACGUAAUCAGGCAUAUUAACUGUAAAUGUAGUUGUUUUCAGGAUAUAAAAUGAAAAAAUGGACAUGAAUGUCGUUGUAGGGGCUUGGAAGGAGACAUGCUGUUUUUAACUAGACAUGUUGUAUUCCACUGUCAUWGAGAACCCUACAAGGCAAAAAGCACUUAUGAAGCACUUAUGAACCCAUUCUCCUAGGGGCCCAAUUCUGACUUAAGAAGUGUACGCCCUUUCCUAGCACUUCUCAGUAGUUGGUAUUCAGACUUACCUUAUGAAGGUGCGUAACAUUCUUUGCAGGCGUGGUUCCCUUGUGCGGGCUGAAUACAUGUAAUUAAACCGCUAAUAAACCCUCCCACUUGCUGGCCAACAGA